AUGUCCAACCCCGAGGACCCCGAGUCAGGUACGGACCGCCUCACGAGAUCAACCGCGCGAAACCCGAGGCGACGGCAGCGGCAGAGCGACAACGACACGCUCAAGACAUCCGCACCACAGCGUAAACGGAGCAAGUUGAGCGAAGACGUCUUCCAACCGCGCGCAUCAACAGAACAGAUCCCGACAACCGAUGCGCUGCAGCCAGCCGCGAACGAGGGACCCCAGACCAACGGCCAUCACGAACAUCUCCCGCAGCAUGUAACUGCGAGCGGACGGCAUAGGAGGGCAUCAUCAGUGGAUGUGGAGAUGGCAGUUCGCGGAAAGAAGCCAGCAUCGAAGCGGGCGAUGCGCGGCGAUGGCGCGACGGUCCUCACUCAAAAUAAAUGCUACAGCGCGCGUCUUUUGCCCAGCACACCGAAAGAGCUGAGAAAAGAGGGCGUGGAUUACCGCGGUAGCAUCGAUACGACUGGACAUGCUCUGGCCAUUACACACGAGAAAGCGACCGUAUGGGAGUACAACGGACACACGGCCGGCAACGCGAAAGUCUUCGAUCUUCCAUUUCCAUCUCGGAUUGGCGAACCCUUACCCUUCGGCGCAUUGGUAGCGAGUGGUGUGAGCAACACGGAUGUGGGCUUGGUGGUGAUCUCAGCGACGUCGGGCAAGGUGUUCUUCUAUGAGUCGAUCGACCGCACCGCAUCGCUGGGCCUCUUCCAGGAUCGGAAAUCCUCUGUUCAAGGUGACAUCGGGCUAUACUCUGGUGAACGAGUGGCAGAUGUCGUUCCGGCGGAGCAUGCUGGUCUCAUGGUUGUCUUGGAUUCCGGACGCAUAGCUCAUUUGACUUUGAGGGAUCCUCAGGGGAAAGCAAGAGUGGUAGUCAACUUCUUGCGCGCUUCGGACUCCCGCUCCGGUGGCAUCUUCGGUAGCAUCAAAGGUUACCUGGCAGGGGCCUUCAAGAAGGAUCUCGCUGCUGUUCACACCCGCCCGUCGAGAACUCGCGGACAAAUGCAGACUGUUUCGCUCACAGAAGGUGGAGAAGUAGUCACCUGGGAAGUGGAUUGGACUGGUCGAUCUGAAUGCAAAGGCACCGUGGAGAUCAGAGAGAAGCUCGUGGAGGAGCUGAAAUUAUUGGCUAUACCUGAACUCGAGGGACGAUUGAGCAAUCUGGCAGCCCUGGACUUUGCUCUGUUGGACAACCCGAUCGCCGCCCAUGGUCUCGAAUUGGCGAAACUGGACGAUACUGCGGAUCAACCGCUGCAUGUGGCCGUCCUGCUGCGAGUCGGCGGCGCGGAUAUGUACGACUACGCGGUGGCUGCGCUGACCCUGACCGGAUCUCACGCUGACGUGCAUCAAAUCACAUACAUCACAAAGUACCAGUCAAAGGGGGGAAGGACAUCAUCCACCAGACCCAGACUGGUGGUACCAAAACCUGAGCAUACCGUGUUUGUCACCUUUGAAGAUGCCACAGUCAUGCUUCCAGCCAGACUACCGCCCACUGAGGGGCCCGAGGCCCAGCUCGUCACAGCUGAUGUGCCCAAAGAACCCUAUGAAGAGGCGCUAUACCUCAGGCCCAGCAGAGGUCUCGUCUUCCAAGCAUGCUUCGCAGAGAACUCCAAAGGCAGCAGCCAUGCUACAUGCGUCGCAUUUGUGAAGAAUGGAGGCCUGGUCCGAAUAUCCUCUGCGGACAUUGUACGUGCGGCAACGCCAUACACCACCUUCAUUUCGCCCAGCCCGACCUCGAUGGAGCAGCAUCUCGUCUCCAAGGCACGCGCACUUCAGGCCUUGGCCGGACACAUUCGCACAUCAUAUCCAGCAAUUCCCCGACAAACCAUGUGGCGACUGUUGUUCGACGCAGAGCAUGUUGCUGCCGGACAGGAGCUUUGGACUGCCUUCGAAGAGCAUGUUGCCGACUCCUUCGACGGGAAGCGCAAAGCUACCAUUCUGGAUGAAGUAUGCACAUGGUUUACGCAAGAUCAUUUCGCUCAGCGGUCCGAUUUAGCCAACGAGGAUCCCGUGCGAAGGUUCUUCAUCGGCGGAUUGCAUCGUCUGGAGCCCCUUCUAAAUCAUGUCAAGCUCUGCGUCGCCGGCCUCAAGCAGGACGACAAGCCGCCGAAGCAUAUUCUUCGAAUCGUCAUCCAGGCGAACGAUCUAUGGAUCCGUUCCCUGGGCACAGCUUUCACCUUCCGUGGUCGCAAUGCCUCUGAUUAUGGAAUCCUUCCAGACCUUCUCGAAGAUGGCGUUCUGGUCGAGACCACAGAAUACGUCGAUCUUCCUGAAUUCUGGACAUCAGUGGCAAGACUAACUGAAAAUACCGUGGCCAUUGCGAGACUCUCUCGCUUCAUCGCCAACAGAUACUACGAAACUGGCGAUCAAGAAGCAGUGGUGGAACAAAUGGCAGGCGAACUUGCACAAUUCAACCCCAGCAUACUGCAACUCUACUGUCAACUGUCCGAGGAGUCUAUCAAUUGGCGUGCAUCUCGGCCGUCUCAAAAGGAACGAGACUAUGCCGAGAGUCUUCGUGAGCAUUACGACUCUGUUCGGUACUCACAAUUGCGCAGUCUUGCGGAUGUCGGCCAAGCAGAAGCCGGUAUGCGGUUGGCGGAGAAAUACAACGACAUGAACACUCUGACUGAUCUCGUUAUCGCCGAGGAUCAAUAUCUCAUCGAGACCGCGGAGAAGACUCCAAUCACGACAGACCGGCAGUUCAUUCUCAAUGCUCGGACGGAGAUUCAGGCGAAGAUAUUGACAUACUUUGAGCGAUAUGGCGAAGCGUGGGCCACGCCUUUCUUCGAUAAGAUGUUCUCGGACGGUGCAACUGGUGCUAAGCUCGAUCAAGCGCAAAAAACAUGGAAGUCCGCUGUCACCAAGUAUCUUCGCGCGGAUUCUCGACGGGCGAAGCUUUGCUGGAUCAACGAUGUGAUGGAAGCGUCGGACUUCGAACACGCAGGCAAAGCCCUGGCCGACACUGCGACCGAACAGGAAAACAAGUUGUGGGCGAAGAAGGUUGAGCUCUCCAUGUCCAGGCUCGCACUCAUGGCCGCGGAGGAAGAUGCUGCGACCACGAGACUCGCCAAUGGCGGACCUGUCCAGAGUAUCAAUCCUGCAACUAAAGACUUGCAGAUCGUCGAGGCGCAGGAGAAGCUCUACGACCACAUCCACGGCACCAUCAUCGGCUCACUUGACCGCGAAGCCGAGACUAUCAACUGCAUGCUCAAAUUUGGCACGCACAUCUCGGACAUGAUCGCGUUGCGUCAACUGCUGGAAAACGGUCUGAACAUGAUCAUUGACCACACCGUCCUCUCGAUCGAGCAGCUGAUUGACGUACUCACGUUGAUCGACAUUCACCCAGACUCUUCAGACGAUGACGACAGUAUAGGCGGCGGCGAAUUCGUCCUGGCAUUGUCUGCGCUCGACGCAGCGGCACCUUCUUUGCCCUCAGAUCGCUUCGAGACUCUGCUCCAGCUCAUCUGGAAGCGAUGCUACAUCUACGACGACUGGACACAAUUCAGACUGUCCGGCAAGCAGAGUGACGCCGACCGAACAGGCAUCCUCCGCAGCACAAUUCUGUGGUCCACGCUUCGCCAGGCUCUCGACGCUCACCUCUUCGACUCUGACUCGAGCCGACUCCGGAUUCUCGCGCCCAGCGACUGUCUGGGCUCCGCGUGUCUACCUGAAGAUUUCAGCUACCGCUUUCCCGACGAGGAACUUCUAAUGCCCAUCUUGCACGACUGCAAGAUCCAAGACGAGCUUCUCCAGAGCUUCGUGGCGGAUCGUCGACUGGAUGAGAUUGCAGCGGAUUGCUUGCGAGAUGCGCAGACUCAGAUGCAGGGUCAGCAUGCGGCGGGCAAGAAGACUGCGAGGGAGUUGCAGGAGGUGGAUGUCGAGGCGGAGAAAAGCGUUUUGGAAAAUGGGAAUGGACAUGGGCAUUUGAAUGGGUAUGGAGAUGUUAAUGGGUACGCGAAUGGGCAGUAUGCGGAUGCGGGCGCUGAUGAGGAUAUGUUUUGA